ACUUACCGCCACCAUCUUCACCUCCUCUUCUUGACAGACUUGCUGUCAUCCCUGGGGAGUCGUAGUCGGUUGUUACGGCCUCUCCUAAUCAGCCUUUUUCUAUCGCAACUCAAAACCAAUCUGUAGCUCACCCUAAACCGCCUAAAUCAUUCCGUGAUACCUUUAUUGAUGGCUCGGCUCUCAACACUCCACCCCUAGUAACAUAUGAGGAAUUAGAAGCAGCAAACCUUGCCCAAGAUUCUCCAAUGAUUGAGGAUCUAUCAGAUCCAACCAGGGCGAAAGUUCCAAAGGUCAAAAUUCCUAAGGCUAUAUGGCAAUGCCUAUGCACGCCGUGGAAGAAUGCUAUCAUCAUUAAACUCUUGGGUGGGCCUUACAAAUUCUUUGAUCAUUAUCUUGCUGUUCAGCCAUGGGAUCCUAGUUUUCAUCUUGCUAGGGCAAAAGCUCCAAAAACAACGGUUUGGGUGAAGUUACAUGGAGUGCCAUCAAUGUGUUUCCAUGAAGCCAUAGUCUUGUACCUUGGCAGCAAAUUGGGAAAGCCAAUAAAGGUAGACAGCAUAACUCUCUUGGGUACUAGAGAAAAGUUUGCUUGUGUUUGUGUCGAAGUUGACCUUAGCCAACAACUGCCCUCCUCAGUGGCCUUAGACCUAGAAGAGCUACCAUAGUCCUUAAUUCUGGUAGAAUAUGAGGGCCUCUGUAAGAUCUGCUUCCAUUGUGGCGAAUUUGGACAUACAGAAGACAUUUAUCAUUUUAAGAAUUCGGGUAAACGUGCUCUUACGAACAAUUCCAAUGCUCAAGCCAUGAUAGAACUCACGCAAGCUUUGCAGCCAGAUCCAGUAAAGAAUCACAUGAUUU